UGUAAAGUCAGCGGUGGCCGCGAUUAUUAAACGCACGAACGGCGUAUGAUUAUCCACUUUGGACGCGUUUACUAUACAUUACAUAGCGGUAGUUAUAGUAGUCGUAGUGCAGGGCAUCGAGAGAGCUUGCGAGCGCGGCUUGACUCUGUAUCUAUCGUUUUGACGAACAUAUAGUGCCCAUUGGCAAAAUACGACAACGACGACGACGACGAGGCAUUGUUGGAUUUAACGAGAAAAUCGCUCGCUACUGCCUGCUGCGGCCGAGAGAGCGGCUUAGAGCUGGAGAGCGAGAGCUGACCGACACCAAGCUCUGAAUCGCUUCUGAUCAGCUUCGCAACCAGGCAGCGGGAUAAUCUUACCGAAUACGCCGCGCCAAUUUUUCCUGCGAAAACUCAGCAGGUAGCUGACGAAAUUUCGGGGCGGCUAUACAGCUGAAACUGAGCAAGGAAGGCAUGAGCAGCUCGGUCGUGCCCCCGUCGGCGGCGGCGGACGACGCGAUGCCCAGCGUCGAGGACGUGAUCGCGUCCAUGCAGCACUUCGGCUGGCUCGACUACGGCGUCUUCGUGGCGAUGCUGCUCGGCUGCGGCGGCAUCGGCGUCUACUUCGGCUUCGUGCGCGGCACCGCGCCAAGCGGCGAGGACGAGUACCUCGUCGGCGGCCGCAACAUGCGCACCUUUCCCGUGUCCAUGAGCCUGAUCGCCAGCUUCAUAUCGGGCAUCUCUUUGUUGGGCACCCCCACCGAGAUCUACGUGCACGGCACGAGCUACCUGUGCAUCGGCUUCGGCGUCGUCCUCGUCGGCUUCAUCAUGUCCAACGUCUAUCUGCCGGUCUUUCACGACCUACAGCUGACGAGCACGUACGAGUACCUGGAGAGGCGAUUCGACAAGAGGAUGAGAACCCUGGGCUCCACGCUGUUCGCCAUCGGCAUUAUAACGUGGCUGCCGAUCGUCAUCUACGUGCCGGCUCUCGCCUUCAAUCAAGUUACCGGAGUGAAUAUACACGUGGUGACGCCGUUCGUCUGCGUCGUCUGCAUCUUCUACACGUGCGUGGGUGGCCUACGCGCAGUGGUAUGGACGGACUUUGUGCAGACGUUCAUCAUGUUCGGCUCGAUGCUGCUCAUCGUCAUCAAGGGUACCUUGCAUCUCGGUGGCUUGUCGUUGGUGCUCGAGCGCAAUUACGAAUCCGGAAGGAUCGAGUUUCCAACAGCCGACUGGAGCCCGCUGACGCGUCACACGAUCUGGUCGCUGGUGCUGGGCGGCUGCGUGCACUGGCUCCAGAUAUCCGCCAUCAAUCAGAACAUGAUCCAGCGCUAUCUCUCGCUGCCCACCGUCGCGCACGCCCGCAGGGCACUGUGGACCUUCAUCGUCGGCGUCCUCAUGCUGAUCAGCGUCUGCGCCUACUCGGGGAUGCUGGUCUACGCCUGGUACCACGAGUGCGAUCCGCUCACCACCAAACUCGCCAGAGCCAAGGAUCAGCUGCUGCCGCUGCUCAUGAUGAACAUUUUCGGCGACGUUCCUGGAUUACCCGGUCUCUUCGUCGCUGGUAUUUUCAGUGCAGCUCUCAGCUCGUUAUCCACCGGCCUGAACUCGAUGGCGGCCGUCGUCCUGGAGGACUUCAUCAAGCCGGCCCUGGCCAGUCGCUCCUGCGAGCCGCUGAGCAAGCGCCGAGUCGAUCUGCUCAUGAAGCUCACCGUGCUCGUGCUCGGCGUCGUCUGCACCGGCCUCGUGUUCGUCGUCGAGAAGACCAGCUCGCACGUGCUACAGUUGACGUUUAGCUUGAGCGCGAUAACCAGUGGACCUUCGCUCGGUAUCUUCAGUAUGGGCGUGCUCGUGCCUUGGAUCAAUGCCAACGGCGCAUUGAUCGGCGGCAUAUCCGGCCUCGCCUUCAUGAGCUGGCUCAGUCUGGCUUCCGAAGCUGCCAUCUCGAGCGGAAAAAUUCGGCACGACGUAAAACCGACGAGCACCCAAGGCUGCACUUACUCGUUUCAUCGGACGGAAAGUCUGCUGCUUCUUCUGCCCCCGGAAACUCUGCUCGACGAUCUCGAGGAGAGUGAAACUUGGGCUGUCUAUCGAUUGAGCUAUCUCUGGUACACGGUGGCCGGGACCAUCGUGACGGUCGGCAUUAGUCUACUAGUGAGCCUGGUGUCCUCUCAAGAUUCGAAAAAGCUCGAUCCCGCCCUCGUCGCGCCGUUCCUGCGCAAGUACCUGAUGGCCCAGAGUCUGGACGCGGACGAGCCGUUGAAACGGAUCAAGGUCGCUAAACCGAAAGUCACAUCCGAAUUAUCGAAUCACGACAGAAACGAAGAUUCGAAUUUGAUGGAAACUCUGCGUUGAUUUUUUUUCAAUCGAUAAUUAUGUGAAUUUGACGUUUCGCAUAGCCGCUCGCGAUCGAUCUUUGUUUUAUACAUAGAUAGAAAAAAAAUGUACAUUGCAACUGUGAAUGAAAGUAAACAUAUAGAUUUAUUUUUCUU